AUUUUUAUUACCAUAUAUGGUAACAAUGUACAUCUUAAUGUGUACCUCUAGUGGUGGAAAAGCUAGGUUAUGUGAGGUGAUUUUUGGCCUCUUAGGAAUGCUGUAGUUCAUCAAGGAGGAGGAUAUGGAGGCAAAUGGAAAACUGGAUCAACAGCAAGAAGUCAGACAGCAAAGAAUGGACACUUUCCAGGACGUAUUCCAGAAGGUGGAGAAGAUUGGGGAAGGUACUUACGGAGUAGUAUAUAAGGCCAGGAACAAGCAAACAGGCCAGUUAGUUGCUCUGAAGAAGAUCCGUCUGGAUUCGGAGACAGAAGGUGUUCCCAGCACAGCAAUUCGAGAAAUCUCUCUUCUGAAAGAACUGAAACAUGCAAACAUAGUAAGGCUCCUUGACGUGGUGCACAGUCAGAAGAAGCUCUAUCUGGUCUUUGAAUAUCUAUACCAGGACCUUAAAAAGUACAUGGAUUCAUCCCGUACUGGGGAGCUGCCUUUAAGUUUAGUCAAGAGCUACCUUUACCAGCUGCUACAAGGUGUGAGCUUCUGUCAUUCCCACAGAGUUAUCCACAGAGACUUGAAGCCUCAGAAUUUGCUCAUAAAUGAAAUGGGAGCCAUCAAACUAGCUGAUUUUGGCCUUGCUAGAGCUUUUGGUGUUCCACUGCGCACUUACACUCAUGAGGUUGUAACCUUAUGGUAUCGAGCUCCUGAAAUCUUGCUGGGUUGUAAAUACUACUCAACAGCGGUGGAUAUCUGGAGCAUUGGCUGCAUAUUUGCAGAAAUGGUGACCAGAAAAGCCUUGUUUCCUGGAGACUCCGAAAUUGACCAGCUCUUCCGGAUUUUCCGCACUCUUGGAACACCUACUGAAUCAGUGUGGCCUGGAGUGACUCAGCUUCCUGACUAUAAAGGGAAUUUCCCAAAAUGGCCAAGGAAAGAGAUGAAAGUGGUAAUCCCAAACUUGGGCCGAGAUGGACGAGACUUAUUGGCGCAUUUGCUACUGUAUGAUCCCAACAGGCGCAUCUCGGCCAAAGCUGCUUUGACUCACCAGUAUUUCUGGCAGGCGCCACGAGAUACCAGAGAACAAUGUGUGGUCGAGAGGUAUGGGCCAUGAGUGAAGGAAAUGUUGGGUUGUGCUUCGCUGAGAAAAAUCUAGCUGGAUUGAUCCCUUCCAAUAACUGAGCAAGGGGGUAGCUUGCACUUGAAAUGGCUACCAAACAACCUAUUCAUUCUGGUUUAGAGGCUGUCAGCCUUUUGCUGAGAUUGGUAUUAUGUUUGUUUAGAGUGUUCUGAAUGGUACUGUUCCUUAUGUGCUUAUUGCAUGUCCUUUUCGUGAGGCAAACAAGUUUGGUGUUUGCAGCUGUGACUCUCCAUCUUAGGAUUGCUAUCUAUUUGAACAGAUGGAACAGGGCAAAAGUAUAGUUGGGCUGUUCUCCAGCAAGCAUGCAUUAUUCAGUCUUGGCUGCAAAACUACAGAGUUGUGAAUUUACAUUGCAGAGCCCUUGGUGUCAGUUAUACAGACACCGCCUGCAAAGGACAGAGUGCACAGGGGUACUGUAUUUGUAGGUAUCACCAUGAUUUUUGAUUCUCAUUUUUAAAAUGGUAACUUCUUGCUGGCAGUCACAGCACCAUUGACAACUAACCAUUGCUCAACAGGAAACUAUUGGGGAACCAGACAUUAUGAAAGCACCCAGAAUGAUACACAAUGCAUUUGUGCUUCUGUGUCUGCCAUUAUUAUGCCUCAUAUGCUACAUUAAGUUCCUUAUAUCAGGAAACCUUUUCCCUCCAAAUAGGACAAGCAGAACUUGGGCUAAAUGACCCAAACUCUAUUAUCCAUUGAGGGUGAGGCUUCUUACUAUUAGAUUAGUCAUUGGGCUUUUAAAGCAUAUUAGUGUUUUAAUUUCUAGUUAAAUAAGAAUAUGAAAGCUUCUGAUCCAGAAGCCAAAUAAGCUACAUAAUGCAGGUAUUCAAAGGAUGAUACAUACUUGACAAAUCCCACUUACUGCUCUUGGCCUAUGCCUCUGUUUAAGUUGUAGAUUUACUUUAAAUAAUGCCCACUGGUGUUUGUUAUAAGUUUUUUGUUAAAAACUUACUUGGUUAAAGUUACAGUGUUCUUGUAGCAUUUUCUGUCUGCACUAUAUACAAUAAACAUGUGCUGUUUCAAUAAGA